AUACUUUCACAUUUCAUGAAAACAUACUCUCUCUAUUUAUAAGCAUUGAAUCUUAUAUUAGCUUGGCUUGAACAAAAGCCAUACAUACACACACUACUUUUCUCCUCUGAGCUUGAAGAUAACCGUCAAAGCAAUGACCACCGUUAAAUUCCUCUGUAGCUACGGCGGGAGAAUCAUCCCUCGUUAUCCCGACAACAAGCUACGUUACCACGGCGGCCACACACGUGUCCUCUCCGUCAAACGCUCCAUAUCGUUCGCCGAGCUGGCGGUUAAGCUCGGCGAGGUAUGCGGGAUGAAGGUGAUAAGUCUUCGGUGUCAGUUACCAACGGAUGAUCUCGACGCGCUUGUCACCGUAUCAUCCGACGAGGAUCUAGCCAACCUCAUGGAGGAAUAUGAUCUCGCUGCGACGGCGCUUAAGAUCCGUGUCUUCCUUUCUCCUCCGCUUUCAACGACGUCGUCUUCUUCUUCGUCGAACUCAUCAACCUCUCGCUCUUGCUCUCCUUCGUCUCCGUCAACUGUGAGCCCGAAGACAUGUCCGGUCUGUGUAGAGAGAUCGCAUCAUCGCAACACAAACAAGGGAUGCUACGUUCAAAGAAGUCCGAGCCGUGAUCAGUUCUAUCUUGUCCGCAACUGAAACUCAUCACUUACACUGUGGCAAUGACUAGAAUUCUUGAAUUCUUAGGAGUUUUAUCUUAACACCGUGAGGAUCAGUUUCGGAUAAGGCAGAAGUGAACUCGAGAGUUUCUGUUUAUGUAACUGUAGGACCGCGAAGAUCAUGAAAAUCAAGAAACAGAAUCGAGAUAAUAUAAGGUUGUAAAAACUUUUUAAACAUGGUUUACUAAGAUGAAUUCACAGAGUUUCUGUUUAUGUAUUUGAUCUUUUUCUUUAAUUCAAUAAAUCGUCUUUUUUGAAUAACAA